AGCUGGAACGCCAUAUUAUAGAUCCAAAAAAGUCGCGUGCUAGCUCUGGGCGCCCGCCGUACCCAACAUUCCUAUCCGAUCCGACGACGAUUCGUCAUCUGCUAUCUGAUACCGCGAUCGGGUCUCUUUGUCUUCCACCUCGAUCGUCCGUUGUCUCGCGCAGCAGGUGGAGGAGAACUGGAGAUGAUGAGCGCCGUACGUCGUCAAUCAGCUCAGCUGGCGAGAUGGUGCUCGUGCCGAGACGACAAUACCUAACGCGCCCUGCGGUACGUUGUGGUUCCAGAUCCAGAUGGAUGUACCUGGACAUCAUCCUGCGGCAACCGAUGUAGUGUAGGCCUUGCAAUUGCAACACACGAUGUGCACGUUUGUUGUUUCCUCAGGGUAUCGCAAUGCAUGGUUCCGGUUUGGCACGUCCAAAUGCAGGCGCAACGUCAACUUGCACUGUUUUCUUCGGGGGAUGAUCAUCGCAUUGCGGUCUCAGCUAGAGAAGCGUUGCAGUACUCGCUCGGUCACAAUGUCUGCAGAAACGAAACACAAAGGUAUAGUAGGAGCCAACAAUGCAACACCAUCCAUGACAGGAAGGAGGAAGAGCGGUUUAUUGAAAAUAACAGUCCUAUUUUUGGUGAUUUUAAUUGAUGGGGAAUGUGUUUUGGUGAUUUCAAUUCUGAAAAUAUCACUUUUAUCUAUGUUCAGACUUGCAGUUCAUAGUUAUAUGUUCCAUAUCUGAAAUUGUUGGAGUGAUCACUAUCUGCCGUUUGUUCAGUUUCAGUUACUGGAUCGGAACUUGAAAACAUGUCUGUUCAGUCAAUAUUUAGAAUGAUCACUAACUGUCAUGGAGUAGAUCAUUCUAACAAAUAUAUUAUUUUGUAUUUAUAAACUUUGAUUUUGUUCUAUGCCUGAUAGCAGUUUUGGUCAUUGACCUUGAGGUAUAAGUGCAAGCAGAAGAUCGAUAUGACGAAGUCAGUAAGAUGUUGAUCAGGUUAUCAACUUUUUUUCUUUUAAAUUAGCUAAGUUGUCAUAAGAAUGUGGAUGUACUAUUUUUAAUUUUUAGUUUCUAGUUGCUUGUGGGUGUGAAUUCAUGUCUUAUCAAAUAGCAACACAAUGGUAUACUAAAAUGAUAUUCAUGAUUGAUCAUUGCUACAUGUGAGCAUUAAA